AUGGCACCAAACUACCCCAUACUCCCAGAGAAGCUUCUCCUCAUCUCACUGAAGAUGUACUUUACCCCGGGCCGCACCCUCGAAUACAUGCGCGGGCUCCUCGACCCAGCCAACGAGAUCGUCAACCCCGCCAACCGCAACAAGCUCCUCCUAGCCCUGAUCCCCGACUUCCUAACCAUCUGGCCCUGCGCCGAGAUCCUCAAAGAAUACGAAUCCCAGCUCACAGCAUCCGGCUCCCUAACCCCUGACUCCCCACCUCCCUUCCUCCUCGGAGCCCAAGACUGCAUGUGGGAAGAAGGCGGCGCAUACACAGGCGAGGUCUCCCCCGCCUCCAUCCGUGCUCUGGGUUGUUCGAUCGUCGAGCUCGGCCACGCAGAACGCCGCGCUCUCUUCGGUGAGACGGACGAGCAGACUGCGCGAAAGGCCGCCGCAACCUGUGCGCAGGGCAUGAUCCCGCUCGUCUGCGUCGGCGAGAUCACCGAGCCUGGCGCGAUUGCGUCCCAGGCCGUCGGUCAGGCCGUGGCUGAGUGUGCGGUGCUAGUGCGCGCUGUGCUCGCAGCUAUCCCGGCCGAGGCCCCAGUCAUCUUCGCGUAUGAGCCUGUUUGGGCCAUUGGGAAGCCCAAGCCUGCUGGAGUUGAUCAUGUCGGUGCUGUCGUGGAGGGCAUACGUGGGGUGAUCGGGGGCCGGCCUGCGCGUGUGCUAUAUGGAGGCAGUGCUGGACCUGGGCUUUGGGGCGAGGGCGGACUGGGUAAGGCUGUUGAUGGAAUGUUCCUGGGACGAUUCGCGCACGAGCUUGAGGGCGUGCGGAAGGUUGUUCGGGAGGUAGAGGAGAGUCUUGGUGUCGCGGCUUGA